CUAGACACAAAACGGGUGGAAAAUUGUUUACUUAAUUCUUAUUAUUUAUUUCAAUAAACUCCAUUCAACGGUAAUAAUAUGGUUUCUGAUGAAGAUAAAAAUUCUCCUCAAUCAUCACCAAUUCCUAAGAAGAAGUAUAAGCAAUACACAUCAGAUUCGACAGUUCUGAUUCCAUUGAGGACACUUAAUCGAUGGCGGGCCAAUGGUUUUUUCUCGGAUGAUGAGAAUACAGCUGAAAAUCAACGUGGAGCAUCAUGUAUUCUCGAAGAGAAUUGUGUUACAAAUAAUAAUAGCGCAAUGGAUGAUUCAAAUAUUUUACUAAGCGAUGUAUCAGAUAUUGAUAGUGUUUCAAGUAUGAGCACCAAUGAAGACGAAGAUAAAAAUGAGGAUUUAGAUAAAGAUCAUUGCAGUGAAAGUCGGGAAUCAGAUAGCGACUACAAUGAUGAAGUUAUGAAUAAUAAUGGUGAAUACGAGGAUGAUGAUGAUGAUGUCGAAUUUAAUUAUAAUAUUUUGAACGAAAGAGAAGAAAUAAUAAAUGCCGAUAGAGUUGAAAGAAAUAUGCUGUUGCCUAACAAUACACUGGCCGUAGAUGAAUUUGUAUUAGAUUUACUAAAUUUACACAUUAAGCAUAACAUUACUAAAUCUGCAUUAAAAGAUGUAUUAAAAAUUCAGCUCAAACAUUUGCCAGAUGAUAAUGAAAUGCCAAAAUCACUAUUUAAACUCUUUCAAUAUGCAAAAGAUAUUGCUCCUCCUUGUAAAUUUAUUAGAAAUUAUUACUGUAAAAAAUGUUUAUUCAAAGUUGAGGUUGCAAUUUCAGGCAAAAAGGAAGUAAAAAAAUGUUCUCUGUGCAAGACAGAUCAAUCUUCAGAUAUUGGAUUUUUCCAUGAAUUUGAAGUUUCAGAUCAAAUAAGAUUUCUUUUUGAACAAAAUAAUCUAGCUGACAAAUUGAAACGUACUCGAGCACCUACUGGAAAUAUUUCAGACAUAACUGAUGGGACGGAAUAUAUUAGAGUAAAUACGAGGGAUAAUAUAGGUCCAUAUGAUUUGACACUCAUACUAAACACUGAUGGUUUAUCUCUCGUCAAGAGCGCAAAAAGCCACUGUUGGCCACUUAUGUUUACAAUUGCCGAGUUACCUGAAAAUAUAAGAGACAAAUUCAUAAUCGUAAUAGGAUUGUGGUAUGAUGACAAAUGUAAACCAUCAAUGAAUCUUUUUCUCAAGCCGAUUUUUGAUAAACUCAAACAAUGCUUUGUUGACGGUAUUGACUGGAUUAAUCCAAGAACUGGACAAGUGACAAAUUCAAAAAUUGUAACUCCGUUAAUUAUAGCGGAUGCACCAGCAAGAGCCCAAAUACAAAAUAUUAUGUCUUCUAAUGGCCGUUACGGAUGCAAUAUUUGCGAAAUUCGGACGGUGAAAAGUAAACGCAUUGCUGGCACGAAAACUUCACGUAUUUUUCCAUACAAAAUUGAUUGUAAAUUAAGAAUUGGAAAGAGAAUGGAAGCUCAAGCGAAAAUACUAUUAAAAAAAAAUGAUACAACUCAAAUUCGUGGGGUAAAAGGAUAUUCUGCUGUAUCUUGUCUUGCUCUAAUUGAUCUUGGAACAUGCGUUCUACCCGAAUUCAUGCAUUCAGUCUUACUUGGUGUCGUUAAACAAAUAAUUGGUCUUUGGUUUGGAAAAAAAGCGCUUUGGAGUUUAAAAGAUAAAAGUGAUGAAAUUGACGCUUUUAUGCUAAAGAUACGACCACCGCAAUCAUUAUCAAGAUUACCCAGAAAAUGAUCAGAGUAUAAUCUAUUCAAAGCAUCUGAAUUUUACAAUUUUUUGUUAUUUUACUCCAUUCCAUUGCUUAUUUCCUAUUUGCCAGCGAAAUAUUUUCAACAUUGGUUAUUGUUGGUAAAGGCAAUUUUCAAUUUAACUAAGUCUACAAUAACACAAGCUGAUCUCGUAGAAGCGGAUAACUUACUGAAAACGUUUGUAUCAGAAGUUGAAAAGUUGUAUGGUGAUCGACAAUUAAGUUACAAUGUACAUCAGCUUCUUCAUUUAGUACUAUGUGUAAAAAGAUGGGGACCUUUACAGGGGACUUCGGCAUUUCCAUUUGAAAAUUAUAAUGGUUACAUAGCGAAAUGUGUGCGUGGUAGCAAACAUUUCGGCCAAGAAAUUGUAAACAAUUUGCAAAUAUUACAAGGUGCAAAACUUAUUGAGAACCGCAUUGAAGAACAGUUAGGAAAUAAUACUAUCGAUAAAUCAAGAGCAGAUUAUGAUUUUUUAGGAAAGAUAAUUACAAAUGUGACAUUAAAUGCCAUUGAGCUCGAUUUAUUGAUAUCUAACGAUAUUGAUUUAGAAGAUGUAUCUAUCUACGCACGUGUUAAAAUAAAUAAUGAGAUCUAUACAUCAGAGAUUUAUAAAAUGACGAAAACAAAUAGUCACACUGUACAGAUAGAUCUUGGUGAAUCUGCUAUCAAUGGAUCAAUUAGGUACAUGUUUAAAUUUCAAGAGAAUUUAUAUUUCAUCGUAAAUCGGUUCACUGUUGAACAUACCAAAGUCUUCUAUCACAUAAAAACCAAAAGUAUUAUUGAACACGUUAUUCCUAUAACAAAAAAUAAUGAUACAGUGCUGAUCAAGUAUUCUGAUGUUAAAAAAGUGACACAGCUUAUAAGAGUCGAAAAUUGUGUAUGCAAAAAACCAAAUACUUUGAAAACUGUGUGGUAAAAAUGACAUUAACAAAGUAUACUUUAUUAAAAUACUAAUAAAUAUAUCAUGUAAAAUUUAGGAAAUAU